UCUUUCGCUUAUAACUAACUGUAAAAAAAUUACUUAUGCCGAUUGAAUAAAAUGUAUUAUUAGUUAACUUGACAAACCCUGGAGCAACAAUAUAUGCAACUUGAAUUCUGGGCCGUAAUAUUCAAAUGUGCUAAUCACCUAAUAAAUAUAUGAACAUUUAACGAAUUUACGUAUUCUAAGAGUUCAUAUUUUAUUAAUAAAAAUUUCGUCGUUCCUGUAGAAGAUCUCCUGAAAGUCCUCGACAAAAAGCUGUUUGGUGCUUUAAAACCCUUCACUCAACAACAUGGACUUGUACUAUUACCCCGGUUCUGCUCCAUGCCAUGCAGUAUUACUCACUGCCAAAAGUCUCGGCAUUGAAUUGAAUAAAAAAUUCUUAGAUUUGCUAGCGCGGGAAAAUAUGAGCAACGACUUCGCGAAGAUCAACCCACAGAAAGUCGUGCCCACUUUGGUUGACAAGGAUUUUGUGCUGUGGGAAUCACGCGCGAUUAUGAUUUACUUGGUGCAAGAAUAUGGCAGAGAUGAUUCACUGUAUCCCAAGUGUCCCAAGAAGCGAGCUGUCAUCAAUCAGCGCUUAUACUUCGACAUGGACACCUUGUAUAAAUCCUUCGCAGACUAUUACUAUCCACAGCUCUUUUUUAAGAAACCAGUGGCACCUGAACUGUAUAAAAAUAUGGAGACUGCUAUGGAUCUCUUGAACACUUUUCUAGAAGGCAACAAAUAUGUGGCGGGUGAUCAAUUGUCCGUGGCUGAUUUAUCUAUUUUAGCAUCGGUAUCCAUAUUUGAUGUUGCCAAUUUCAACCUCAACAAGUAUGCGAAUGUUGCCAGAUGGUACGAGAAUUGCAAGCAGCUUCCGGGUUGGGACGAAAACUGGGCAGGUUGCUUGGAAUUCAAGAAGCUAUUUGUGUAAGCAGAAAUGCACUCAAGCACUAUAUGAGUCACUUUAUGGUGCUAUCAAGAGCAGAAUUUGGGUUUACAAAGCAAGAGAUGGAGAGAAAUAUCUACAUAUCAAAAUAGUCAUUUCACUCUAAUCAUAAGAAUUAAGUGUAAUCUAUUUAAAGGUUAAAUAAAUUGUUUUAUAAUCGAUAUA